CAACCUCUGGACCCUCCUUUGCCAUUUCCCGCUUUUCAAUUUCCUCAUGGCGAGAGCAUCGUCUUCAAUUAUCCUCAACUGGGGGGAGUUGGGAGGAGACAAGAUACGGGUUCACUAGAGUGGAGCGACGGGGAAUAAAAGCCACCGACGACGUCGUCUUCCUGCUGCUCCUUAGUCUUAUCUUCUUCUUCUUCUUCUUCGCUGCUUCUCAUUCAAUGGUGCUGCUGUAAUUCCGUCUCCUUGGCAUACUGUGGAGCUGCUGCUGUUUUCCCUUACCCGGUGUCAAUGGCUAUCGGGGGUUUGAUUUCUCACCGGAACUUCGGUUCUUUCGUCGGCUCCGGGAAAGGAUGUGAGUCACAAGUACGGGGUGCAAAUUCUACAGCCUUCUAUGGAAAGUUUAGCACCAAGACAGCCAGACAGGUUGCGCCCAUCGUCCCAUCUUCCGCUCGUCUUCGAAUUAACUGCCACUUAAAUGGGGUGACUUUGAGGCUACCAGCGACUCAUCUUCCUAAGAAGCCGAGAGGCCAAUGGCAGAAUUUCGGGUCUCCAAAGGUCAAUAGGACCUGUGCUUACUACAAAUCCGAGGAGUUUGACAUACCGGUGGAAGCAGCUGUUGAAUCGCUGAACCCGGAAGAUGGUUCCGGUGAGGUUGCUUUAGUGGAAGGGAAUGUGGAUGGAGCAGCUCCAUGGUGGCAGCAGCUUCCUAAGAGAUGGGUGGUUGUGCUACUAUGUUUUACAGCAUUUCUCUUGUGCAACAUGGACCGAGUUAACAUGAGCAUUGCCAUACUUCCGAUGUCAAAAGAGUUUGGUUGGAAUAGUGCUACAGUUGGUUUAAUUCAGUCCUCUUUUUUCUGGGGCUACCUAAUGACUCAGAUUGUAGGAGGAAUUUGGGCAGAUAAAGUUGGCGGCAAGCUGGUAUUGGGUUUCGGAGUUGUGUGGUGGUCAAUAGCCACCAUUCUGACUCCCGUUGCUGCCAAAAUCGGACUUCCGUUUUUGCUCAUGAUGCGUGCUUUUAUGGGAAUUGGCGAGGUCAGUCUAUUACUUGCUAAAACCGUAUAAUAGCAUUGAUUUGUGUCACUUUGACAAUAAUUUUCAUACCAAAGAUGGAACAAAUGGUUGAAUAAUUUGCAGCUGGAAUAUAACUUCUAAUAAAGGACAUGCUACUAUUAGAAGAAAGAAGAGUAUCAGCCUUUCGGCUUACGUUGGACGGGUUUUGAUACAAAAUGUUUGUUACUGUGAUUUCCUACCUUCUCCUUUUUAGUAAAAUGUUCUAAUUUGGUGAACUAUAUCUUCUGAUGACGGCUGCUAUAUGUCGAGGUCUGACUAUCCUAAAUGAAUGGGUAUUUCAUACCCAAGUAAAAUCCAUAAACUAUCUGGUGAUCAACCUGUGUUGCAGGGUGUGGCGAUGCCGGCUAUGAACAACAUCCUCUCGAAGUGGAUUCCUGUAUCUGAAAGAAGUAGAGCGCUUGCCCUUGUUUAUAGCGGGAUGUAUAUGGGUUCUGUCACAGGAUUAGCUCUCUCUCCUGUUCUAAUAAAUAGAUUCGGGUGGCCAUCUGUCUUCUAUUCAUUUGGGUCCCUAGGUACCAUCUGGUUUGCAUUGUGGCUUAAAAAGGCAUAUAGUUCUCCGGAGCAUGACCCUGAGCUGAGCCCACAGGAAAAGAAGCUUAUUAUGAGUGGUAGUGUAUCAAAAGAACCCGUUACAGUCAUUCCUUGGAAGUUGAUCUUAUCCAAACCUCCUGUUUGGGCACUUAUAAUUUCUCACUUCUGCCAUAAUUGGGGAACUUUUAUACUCUUGACUUGGAUGCCUACUUAUUACAACCAGGUUCUAAAGUUUAACCUCACUGAAUCUGGGCUACUAUGUGUUUUGCCAUGGCUGACAAUGGCUGUUUUUGCGAACUUAGGAGGGUGGAUUGCUGACACACUUGUUAGCAAAGGCCUUUCCAUAACAACAGUCCGGAAGAUCAUGCAAUCAAUUGGCUUUUUGGGCCCUGCAUUCUUUCUCACGCAGCUGAGUAAUGUGAAGACUCCAGCAAUGGCAGUACUGUGCAUGGCUUGUAGUCAGGGAUCUGAUGCGUUUUCCCAAUCUGGUCUAUAUUCCAAUCACCAAGAUAUUGGCCCACGUUACGCUGGGGUUCUGCUAGGUCUAUCAAACACAGCGGGAGUGCUUGCUGGUGUGUUUGGUACUGCAGCAACUGGCUACAUCCUCCAAAGAGGUUCCUGGGACGAUGUGUUCAAGGUGGCAGUGGUUUUGUACAUAAUAGGGACGCUAGUGUGGAACUUGUUUUCAACUGGGGAAAGAAUUCUUGACUGAGGGAACUUAAAAAGGAGCGAAGUGAAAAGAAGGCGAACAACGUAGCGCAUGCAACUGCAAGAGGGAUGAGCAGUCGCCGACGGAAGGUGAUCAUGUAGAGAGAAAAGUAUGAGCAGAACUGUAUACGCAGGGAUGGGGGAUGAACUCCAUGGAUGCUAUCGGAUAUUAAGAUCAGUUGUAAUCUUUUCUCACCAGGGGCCUCUUUAGUUUUGAUCUGUGGAAAUAAUGUCAGGAUAGAUGCCAUUGAAAUACCCUUUUUUUUUUGCUUUCCUGAAAAGUUUCAACAUGCAUCCAUAUUGUGUCCUUCUAGCUACUCUUUCCCUGUGAUUAAUGUAUUAGAAGAACAACAGAGGUUUUGCUGAUCAGAGAAAAUAUGCAGGGAGGGGAUUGAACUUCCAGCCAACGCCCGGCUGAGAUCGCCUGCAAGUAGUAGCUGGCUAGUAAUGUAAACCUCAAUUUCAUCCCCAAACAAAUUUUAUGACUUUGUUUUCAACUAUUUAGGCACAAUUAUUCCUUCUACUAUAUUUAUUAUUCAUUUAUGAAGUUUUUUCU